CAAACAUCUCACCAUGCUGCUAUCGUGGAACUGGUUCGGCAAUAGCCCUAUAGCUCCAGAUUAAUCAUCGUAGUGUCUGAUUAUGAAUUUCAAGUUUCAUCAGUGGUACCUAAAAGAAAGCGCUUUUCAAUGAGUCGCGAAGUACCUCGUCAUAAUGGUGCUUGAUGGAACUAAGGAGACUAAUAAAGAGUCAUUCCCCCUUAUGUCAAUUUAUAUAAAGCUCGUCUCAGUCCGUCUAAGAGGAAUCAUCAUCGCCAUCAUCAGAUCCACAUCACUACUUACUACUGCAUUAUCCUAACAUAUCUCAUUACUUUCUAACAACUAUAAUUCUGCUUCAUUCUUAAUAGAUUCAAACAUCACUACCAAGAACUCAGAUCCUUCUCUAAGCAGCUAUGCCAACCUUCACAGUUUUUAAGGGCAACGAGUCGGGUGCGCCCAAGAAAGAAACUACCACAAGACCAGAUGAACUAUCUGGAGAUGAAGUUUUCGUCAGGAUAACAGCCUCUGGUCUAUGUGGAACAGAUCUGCAUUACAGAAAGGCACAUAUUGGCUUGGGCCACGAGGGUGUUGGUGUUGUCGAGAAGACUGGUCCUCUAUGCAAAGCUCUGAAGGCAGGCGAUCGAGUUGGCUGGGGCUACAACCACAGUUUCUGCGGUCGCUGCGCACAAUGUCUGUCGGGUAACGACAUCUUCUGCACCGAGCGUGCAAUGUACGGCUUCGCGGACCUGGACCAAGGAAGUUUCGGUUCUCACGCUGUCUGGCGCGAGGUGGCCCUCUUCAAAAUUCCGGAGAACAUGUCCGAUGAAGACGCGGCUCCCCUUCAAUGCGCCGGCGCCACCGUUUUUAGCGCCCUCCACACUUACCGCGCCCAACCCACCGAAACCGUCGGAGUUAUGGGCGUCGGUGGCCUUGGCCAUCUAGCGAUUCAGUUCGCCUCCAAGAUGGGCUGCCGCGUCAUAGUACUUUCAGGAUCAGAGAGUAAGAAGGACGAAGCGAUGAAACUAGGUGCCCACGAAUUCCUCGCUACCAAGGGCAAGACGGACCUCAAAGUGUCCCACCCUAUCGAUCGCCUCCUAGUUACGACAUCGUUCCAGCCUAACUGGGAGCAGCUCCUGCCUAUCCUAGCCCCUGGCGCUACUAUCUACCCUCUUAGCGUCUCAGAGGGCAACUUUGAGAUCCCGAAUAACCCUAUGCUCGUGAAUGGAAUUACCGUCCAGGGUUCGUGUGUCGCUUCAAGGCUCACCCACGAGCGCAUGCUCGAGUUUGCAGCCCUGCAUCAAAUCAAGCCUGUGGUACAGUUUUUUGACAUGACUGAAGAAGGAAUCCUGGAUGCGAUGGACAAAUUGGACAGCGGCAAGGUUCACUUCCGGGCUGUGCUGAAGCCUGUUGCCUAAAUCAUGAACUAUGAAUGGUUCCUGUACAUAUGUUGUAUAAUACUGUGUAUGAAGAUAUCAAGAGCGAAAUCAUAUAGACCUGGGCAAUAUAGAUCUUAGACAUUUUAUUCCGCAUAUGAGC